AUGAAAACCCGACUGGAAAGGGUAGAAUCGCUACUCUCUGAGUCGGCGGUCAACGCACCCAAUGACCGCUUGGAAAAUCAUUCCUCGCCCGCUAAGAGAGAGAAAGGAUUAUCCCUUCUUAUAGCUGAUAGGAGCGGCUCCUCUACCUUUAUUGGCCCAGCGUCGGGUUUCUCUCUGUUUUCACCGAGUGGUCUACAAUGGAUUUCGAGUCAAAUUGGCUCUACAGAGCUCGCAGAUUUUAUUUUGAACCGAUCCCGGAUCUACAUGCUCAGUUGGUCUGAGGAAAUGAUCAGCAUGUGGCGGCAUCUAACCCCUGAACUUCAAGCACCGCUACCUCCAAAAGCUUCCGCAGAUAUUGCAAUCGACUACUUUUUCGAAUUUGUAAAUUCCACUAUGCCUCUUUUCGACAAGGAGGAGUUCAUGAAGCUCUUUGAACAGCAAUAUUCACUCGAUCCUCCAGUAGGUCUGCCCUGGUAUGCAUCACUCAACGUCGUGCUUGCCAUCGGAGGGCUCAUUUGCGAGGAUGAAAGAGGCCAAUGCACUCCCUCGGUCCAUACUAACAGAACGAUCGAAGGUGAGGGACAUGUUUUAAAUUAUCUUCGAAACUGCUAUGGUUAUUUCACCCAGCUCGCUUUCAGUUGCAAGGAAAUCCUGGCUGUUCAGGCUCUCACUGGAAUGGCUUUCCUAUUGGAAAUGCUACUGGACGUCGAAGCAAGCUAUAUGGCCUUGGGAGCUGCGGCACGGCUUUCAAUUGCCCUUGGAUUGCACCGGAAAACCGAUGAUCCACAUCUUUCCGUACGUGAGAUCGACGAGCGGCGCAACGUCUUUUGGGUGCUCUACGUUUUUGAUAAGAUGAUGAGUCUCCGGCUCGGGCGCCCACCAGCCAUUGGCGACAAAGAAAUCGAGAUUGACGAGCCUAGAGCUUGCGAGCCGCUGUCCCAUCCCGAUACUCCUGAUCCCUCGUUGUAUUUUGAAAAUUUUGUGAAGCUCAGUAAAAUUGAGAGCGAGAUAUAUAACGCACUGUACUCUGCUCAUUGCCCGUCGUCAAAUUCCUGGACAGAGAGGGUAGCAACAGUGGACCGUUUGAAUAAGAAGGUCAUUGACUGGCGAGUCUCUUUGCCUGACGGAAUCAUUCAACCUGGGCAACCACUAAAUUGCAGUGUGCGCCUUGUUCCGUCUGCGGUGCUAUUGCACUCAGAGUACUAUAAUUGUUUAUCGACGCUCCACCGACUUUCAAGCUACCGAGGCACAAUAAUCGCCAGCGAUAAGUCAGAUCAUAAAGUGAGCCCGGACGAUUCAGCGGUUUCUUCAAGCCGUACUGCAUGUAUCGGUGCCGCUAGAGAUACGGCCCGGAUUAUGGGCAGCCUGAAUCUGAAUGACAGAUCAGGUAAAUUCCGCAAUAACCUGAUUCGUCGCGUGUCCUACUAUCCUCUUUCGGCUUUUUUGAUGAUAUUUAGUAACAUUCUUCUACAUCCCCACGAUUCUGGUAAUUUGGAUGAUUUGGACCUACUCCAUACCAUUGUUGACUCACUCUCCCCUGCUCUCACAAUAAGUACCUCAUCGCUUGCAGUGCUGCUUCUUGAGAUAUUCCAAAAAAUGAUGGAUAUAUCCGAAAGUCUUGUACAUCAAACGCAACCCAUCAAAAAUAACCACGAGACGCGGGAAGAUGUGACAACAGGCUUAACGAACACCGAGAACGGAGGUUUCAAAAUGGACUUGUCUCACAAGCCUAUUACUACGCCAUCGUUGGAAUCAUUUUCUCAAGCCGGCCAUUUGCCGUUGGCUUCCGACACUGAUCCCUGGACAGAUCCCCCUCAUGCUCCUCAAGUGCUUCAUGGUGAGAAUAAAGCGAGCUAUUCGACCUCCUCUCCACCCUCAGAACAUCACAUAAGUCAUAGUGUUGUUUUCAACCAUGUGAGCUUUCCAGAUGAUAUGGCGAUGACUUUGACUCUCGACUGGGAGCUGGCGAAUUUGCGGGCGACUGGCGUCAAUGAUUACUCGUUGCAUGACUCCACUGGCCUGGGCAUAGGGUUCUAG